GAUCGCCGUGCGCCAGCCGUGCACCGCGGAGCGCGUGCGCUCAUGGACCCCCGGCCGCGGGGCGGCAACUGAACCCGCUCCUCCAGCGCCGCUGCUGGGCUGGCGUCCCCCGAGUUGGUGAACUUCGCUUCCGACGGAGCGGAUGUCCAGGAUGGAAGCUGCCAGUGACCCUGAUCUUUUGGGCAGCCAGACUGAUGGAGGGUGAAAUGAACCCGCCUCUCCAUUUUGUCCUUACAGCAACAACCCUGGGAGUCACAGUUCGGUAAAAGAUGCACUAUUACCGGUAUUCUUCUGCUGAGAUCAACUGCUGGUACAAAUACUUGCUCUUCAGUUACAACAUAAUCUUCUGGUUAGCCGGAGUUGCUUUUCUUGGAGCUGGUCUUUGGGCUUGGAGUGAAAAGGGUGUGCUGGGUGACUUAUCCAAAAUUACUCGUCUCCCUGGCUUUGACCCCGUGGUCCUUAUCUUGUUUGUUGGAGGAAUCAUGUUCAUUCUAGGAUUUGCUGGCUGCAUAGGAGCCCUGCGAGAGAACAUCUGCCUCCUGAAAUUCUUUUGUGGCACGAUUGGGCUCAUUUUCCUUAUGGAAUUGACGGUGGCUGUUCUGGCUUUCCUGUUCCAAGACUGGGUGAGGGCUCGGGUGGAGACAUUCUUCAAGAACAAUAUCAAGUCUUAUCGAGAUGACAUCGACCUGCAGAACCUCAUAGAUUCAUUGCAGAAAUUGAAUCAAUGCUGUGGUGCCGAGAAUCCUAAUGAUUGGAACCUUAACAUUUACUUCAACUGCAGUAGCACAAGCAAAAGCCGUGAGCGGUGUGGAGUCCCUUUCUCUUGCUGUGUCCCAGAUCCUGCUCAAAAUGUUGUGAACACACAAUGUGGCUAUGAUGUCAGGAAUAUGUCCCAGUCUCUUUUGCAUGAACGCAUCUUCACCAAAGGCUGUAUCCCUGCCCUGGAAGCCUGGUUGCCCCGGAAUAUUUACAUUGUGGCAGGAGUCUUUGUCGCAAUUUCGUUACUGCAGAUAGCUGGGAUUUACCUGGCCAGGGCAUUGAUUUCUGACAUUGAAGCUGUGAAGGCAGGCUUUCGCUUCUGAAGAUAAAAGACAGACCGAUGUUUAAAAGAGAAAGGAAAUGAAACCUGAGACCCAGGAAAGAUUAGACGCAUCUAGCACGUGAAGCCAUGAUAAUUCGUCUUAAAAAGUAUAGCUGGAUGUGAUCUACACAUCAGAUCUUUAUCUUCAGCCUUCUGUACAAAGAUGUGCCAACUUCAGUGGGCCACAAUGGAAAAUGCUAAAAACAUUAUCCUAAGGCGAAUGCUGUCCAAGGAAAGCUGCCCUGUUUAGUUAGAUCAGAAUGAUAACACUCCAAAUGUUGACAUUGCCUAGAAGAAUGUCCAGUAAUACCAAAUGAUUGCAUCUUAGCGGGGUUGGGGUGGGGGAAGAAUUAGGAAUCACCUUUGAUAUUGAAAACUUGUUCGGGGAACAUCAUGCAUGCUGAUAAAUCGAAGUCUACAAUUUUUUUAAUGCGAAGCCAUGUUUGUACACCUGGGUGGUGGGAGAGACUUGGAAAGUUACCCCAAAUCUUAACGGAGGUCUCAGCCAUGCCGAAGGGAGUUCCUUCCUCUCAGGCCAAAUCUGGUGCAUCCAUUUCAGGUGCAACAGACCUGAAAAGAACACUGGAGUUUUUUCUGGAGGACUUGCAUCGUAUGGAAAAUCCUUGCCUACAUGGAUUUUAUGAAGACAUAGUAAUGUGUAUGUUUAGUAGGAUCAGGCUAAGGCUGGAUUCUCACACCCUUUCUUCCUUUCAGACUUUGGUCACAUGGUUUUAUUUAUAAACUCAUGAAGAAGCAAAUGUGUUCUUUCGCCGGAGUGCUUGUUCCCGAAAUCAUUUAUGUGCUGAACUAAAGUUGCUUGUUUUGCUAGAUACAUGAAGAAUGCCUUUUUAGGAAAUACCAGAUAUUAUUGAAUGCAUUUAGCAAUACAGCAGUAUCUGAAUAAUGCAAGGCGCUUUUCAGAAGAUGACGAAUUGGGUGCCAAUUCAUUUUCACUCCAGGCACCUUCUUUGGUAGGGGAAUGGCUCCCAGCAUUCCUCACUGUUGGCUGUGUUGCUGGAGGUGCCUGCGAGUUAAAGUCCAGAUCAUUUAAAAGAUGACCUUCUGUCCAGCUCUGCUUUUCAACAGCCUUCUUACAACCUGAUGCUGUCUAGAUGUGCUAGGACCACAACUCCCAGCAACCCUAGCUGGGGGAUGUUGGGGGAUGUAGUCCAACACAUCUGGAGAGCACCGAAUGAAGAGGGCAGCUGCAAAGUGUGCUCAAAAAUGCAAGUGAAAACUGUUGUGUUUCUCUUUUAAGAGUAGAGUUGAGUAUUGGGCUCUUGGGCCAUGUGACCUGUCCUUCAUGCAAUCAGCUUCACCGAAAUGGAUGCCAUGUGCCUUCUGAUUUUCAGACCUUUCUUUGGUCCUUCUGCAUAGAUGCCUUGGUAGAAUACAGCACUGGACAAUGGAGUCAGUGAUAGGCCUGAAGGCCCAUUGGAAUAACCCUGCUUUGGACUCGGUCCUGUGAAAGGGCUUGAUGCAGCCAAAGGCCACAAUCCUAUGCAUGCAGAUCUGACAGAAAGCUUUACUGAACUUAUUAGUGUUGACUUCAGAGUAGGCACGCAUAGGACUGCCCUGAAAACAAAGUACUUUGCAUCAGUUGAAAGCAAGGGGAGAGGUUCUAAAGUCCCUCUGGGAAAGCAGCGGGACACAAAGGGCUUGAUCCAAGAGCUCUUGUGGCAGAAGCUCAUGAGCUUCCAAGCUUACCCUGUGCAAGGUGCAAAACAGGACAGCCUGCAUUUUAGUGCCUGAGAGUAUGGGGGGAAGAAGAUUGGGACACCAGUUCAACAUGGUUUAAUUCUCUGGCCCCAGACCUCCCUGCCCUGCCAGACCCCCUUUGCCCCCACUGAAGGCCCAACUGCAGCCUUGGGGGUGGGCAGCUGGCAUGGGUCUUUCUGUCCCCACUCCAAGAUGACAGGUGCUGGACCCACCCAUGGCCUCCCAGGUGAUGUGGGGAGCUGAUGGGAUGGCAACCGCUUAACUUUGGCUGUAUUGCUACCGCUUUUCAUAUUGCCUGUUUUUUCAGGGACCAUGAGGCUCUCCUGCACGGCCUGACAGGAAAAUACCUGUAUUUGUGUAAUUUUGUACUGUUUAUUUUUUUACUACGUUUAGAAUAAGCUUCAACAACCGUGCCGAAAUCAUUUUUGUGUGAAACUGUGUUUUGAGUGGAAGAUUUCUUUGCAGGAAACACUAUCAGGGCUGUUUUAUAUAAAGCUGGUUUUAAUACAAACAUGA